AUGCCCAGCAACGCCUGCUUCUCCAACAUGAACAGCAUCGGGGUGCCACGACUGCGCAGGAUACUCCGGGGACUAGCCUGGCUUUACCCAGAGAUCGGAUACUGCCAAGGCACCGGCAUGGUGGCGGCUUCCCUGCUGCUCUUCUUGGAGGAGGAAGAUGCCUUCUGGAUGAUGUGCGCCAUCAUCGAGGACCUGGUACCUGCCUCCUACUUCAGCACCACGCUGAUGGGAGUGCAGACCGACCAGCGCGUCCUACGCCACCUCAUCGUGCAGUACCUGCCACGGCUGGACAAGCUCCUGCAAGAGCAUGAUAUUGAGCUGUCCCUGAUCACCCUGCACUGGUUCCUCACGUGCUUCGCUAGUGUUGUGCAUAUCAAACUGCUGCUGCGCAUCUGGGACCUCUUCUUCUACCAGGGUUCGCUGGUGCUCUUCCAGGUCACACUGGGCAUGCUCAGUAUGAAGGAAGAUGAGCUAAUCCAGUCGGAGAAUUCUGCCUCCAUCUUCAACACUCUCUCGGACAUCCCGUCUCAGAUCGAGGAUGCGGAGGUGCUGCUGCGGGAGGCCAUGCGCGUCGCUGGCUCACUGACAGACAUGGCAGUGGAGACCCAGCGCCGCAAGCACCUGGCUUACCUCAUCGCUGACCAAGGGCAGCUGCUCAACCCCAGCGCCGCUGUCAAUAAUCUAUCCAAGAUUGUGCGGCGCAGGACCCAGCGCAGGAAAUCUGGCAUCACCUCGUUGCUUUUCGGUGAGGAUGAUUUGGAGGCACUGAAGGCCAAGAACAUCAAGCAGACUGAGCUGGUGGCCGACCUUCGUGAGGCGAUCCUGCAGGUGGCACGGCACUUCCAGUGCGUGGAUCCAAAGAACUGCAGCAUUGACCUGACUCCGGAUUACACCAUGGAGAGCCACCAGCGGGACCACGAAAACUACGUGGCAUGUUCCCAGAACCGCCGGCGCCGAGCCAAGGCACUGCUGGACUUCGAGCGCCAUGACGAUGACGAGCUGGGCUUCCGCAAGAACGACAUCAUCACAAUCAUAUCCCAAAAGGACGAGCACUGUUGGGUGGGGGAGCUGAAUGGACUGAGAGGUUGGUUUCCUGCAAAAUUUGUGGAGGUCUUGGAUGAACGGAGCAAAGAGUACUCCAUUGCUGGCGACGACUCGGUCACAGAGGGGGUGACAGACUUGGUCCGAGGGACGCUCUGUCCAGCACUGAAGUCUAUAUUUGAGCAUGGGUUAAAGAAGCCGUCCCUGCUGGGGGGGCCCUGCCACCCCUGGCUGUUUAUCGAAGAGGCCGCUGGACGGGAGGUGGAACGAGACUUCGACUCGGUGUACUCCCGCCUCGUGCUCUGUAAGACUUACAGGCUGGAUGAAGAUGGAAAAGUUCUGACUCCAGAGGAGCUGCUUUACCGGGCAGUGCAGUCCGUGAACAUGACGCAUGACGCUGCACAUGCUCAGAUGGACGUGAAGCUUCGCUCCCUCAUCUGCGUUGGACUCAAUGAGCAAGUCCUGCACCUGUGGCUGGAGGUGCUGUGCUCGAGCCUGCAGACAGUGGAGAAAUGGUUCCAUCCCUGGUCCUUCCUGCGCAGUCCUGGCUGGGUGCAGAUCAAGUGUGAGCUCAGGGUCCUCUCCAGAUUUGCAUUCAGUCUCUCUCAGGACUGGGAACUUCCUAUUAAGAGAGAGGAGAAGAAGCCGCUGAAGGAAGGCGUGCAGGACAUGCUGGUGAAGCACCAUCUCUUCAGCUGGGACAUAGAUGGCUGACCCCGCCCACUGAGGACCUUCUAGACUGCCACACUCAACACACACU